AUGCCAAGUUUUGCCGACUUGAAUCUCAUCCAGGAUAAUUCACCUGUAGGGGACGAUGAAAAGCAGUAUACAAUGACACGACGUCUCGAUGACGGCACAACGACAUACGACCCGUUUACAGGCGUCCUCCCCGUCCUACCGCCCGAUGCCCAGCUUCCGGACAAGAACCCGCGCAGCAACGCCGCAACCGCAGCAUCGGCCGCCGGCGUGCGCGCCUUGAGCGCCCAGGCCAUCGCAUUUUACUUCCGCGCUCCUGUCAAGGCCUUCUUCCGCACCCGCGUCGACUACCUCGCCUAUGCGCGCAGUGUGCACCAGGCCCAGAUCGAGCUGCUCGCCCAGGCCGCCGCCAAGGAGCCCUCGACUAAGCUGAAGGCGACGUUGAACCAGGCAUGGUUCUAUCUGCGGGGCACUACGCCGGGCGUGCUCACGUCGGCGGUGAAGCAGCACGGCUGGAGCGUGCUCCCGAAUCAAGUCUUGCCGCCGCUCAUCGCAAACGUAGGCGUUGGAGCCGUGCUGUAUACCAGCUACCUCACGAUCCUUGGCAGCCUGCAUGAGGAGAGCGGCAGAGCGACAAAGACUGUCUACCCACCACCGCACCCGACGCAGACCUUCACCGCAGGAUUUCUCGCCGGAAGUCUCCAGAGUUUCAUCGCGGCACCGUUAGAUGCCAUCCAGGCACGGUAUGAUCACCGCGACCUCAUGCCAACGGAGGGUGGGAAACCCAGAAGCAUGUGGGCCUUCAGUGCCGAGAAGCUGAGGGAGAUUGGUGUGCGUGGCAUCUUCGCGGGAUGGGGUCUUUCCCUCAUGAAGGACAGUUUCGGCGCAGCCGUAUUCUUCAGCGUUUUCGAAUACGUCAAGGCGCAAGGAUACUACCGUUUCGUCUCGUGGUACUACGGCGGACUCGAAGAGCAUAUUGUUGACUUUAUGGCCCAAAAGCGACCUGCGAAGAAUGGUAAACCGGAAGAUGACAACAAGCAGCCUCUCAUCAUUCGUCCGCACUACGCUAUAGAACCCAUCUUCUUACUUCUCGGAGGACUCAGCGCAUCCUUUGCCCAACAAGUUGUUCUUCAUCCCUUGACUCACGUGCAAGUGGAGCACUGGGAUCGCCUCGAGGAACUCGACGCCAAGGCAGCGAAAUUGAGGGAAACCAAGGGAGCCGACCCGGCACACCGUAAAGACGGAUGGAGGAUGGCGAGGGCCUACUACCGGGCUUACAAAGAGACCUGGUCAGAAUGCUGCGCAGAGGCGGCAAAGGAAGGGUUGGGCGUGAGAAAAUGGCUAUGGCGCGGUUUCUGGUGGAACACCAUCCGCCAAGUUCCCAGCACAAGCGCUGGAUUGAUCAUUUUUGAACUGGUGCGACGAAAGUACGGUCUCGGCAGCGAAGAGGUUCGCAUCAUGGGAGACGGGUGGCACGACUUUACACUGGCUGGCUGGUUUGCGGCACCUUCGGACAAUGUUGUGCGCGUGAAGCUUGUCGAUACGACAACUGCCAUGGUUGGCGUCGCCGAGUCCUUCGUUCAGCCAGUCGUGAAAGGGCAUGAAGUCAUCAACUUUUGCUCGUUAGCUUUCCUCCUCGAACAUGAGAAACUCGGCAAAAAGGCAAUGUUCGAUCUCGGCGUCCGAAAAGACUACUGGAACCUACCCAAGGGCGCCCAACAAGGAGUGCUGGGGCCAGAUAGCGUGAUCUUUGGCAUGAGUGUACCAAAGGGCAUCGAUGAGGUGUUGGAGGAUGGAGGAGUAGAUCCAAAGUCGCUUGAUUACUGCAUCUGGUCUCACGCCCAUUUUGACCACCGCGGAGAUGUGUCCGUCUUUCCCAAAUCAACAACGCUGGUUACUGGGCCUGGAUACUUCUCGUCCAAAGGAAGACCCGGGGGCAGAGAUGAUCCACAAUCGGCAGCAGAGUUUGAAGGCCGACCGCUCGAGGAAGCCAACUUCGACAAAGGUCUGAUGGUGGGUAAGUUCAAAGCCCAAGACUUCUUCGGCGACGGUUCUUUUUACCUUCUUGAGGCUCCGGGCCAUCAGCCAGAGCACAUAUGCGGUCUCGCCCGGACGACGCCGUCUUCGUCCCCCGAGGGAGCCACAUUCGUCUUUCUAGGCGGUGACAUCUGCCAUUUUGCGGGCGUCUUCCGGCCGUCGGAAGAGACCCCGCUCCCAAAUGGGAUUCCCGCUUCGGCCAUUGCAUUGCGCAGAGAUUGGGCGUCCAAAGCCGUGUGCCCAUGCUCUCACUUUACUCCCCACCAUCCUAACGCGUCGGACGAAGAAUCGGCGUCUACCACGCCCUGGUACGAGCUUCCUCGCGGAGGUAAACACCCCGUCUAUACAGAUAUUGACCUGGCCACCGAGUCGGUUGCAAAGAUGCGAGAGCUGGAUAUCAAGGACAAUGUCAUGGUCUGCAUCGCGCACGACGCAAGUCUGCUGGAUGUGUUGCCGGUCUUCAACAAGCAGCCGGAGAGGGAUAUUAAUGACUGGAAGACUAAUGGAUGGAAGGCGACGACGUACUGGAGUUGGCUGAAUGAGGUGUCGGUAGACGGUAAUACGCCACAUGAGCCGGUGGUGGAAGGCUUUUGGAGGGAUGGCAAGAAGUGGGAUUACGCGGGAUACUUGGAAACUCUCAAAUAA